GAAAGGAGUUUGGGGUUAUCCUUCAUUUCCACUCUCUCUCCACUUUUAACAAUGGGGGUUGAAACGAAAAUCCACUACCGACACAGUCUUCCCUGUAAAGCUUCAAACUUGAGAUAGUAAAACAAGGCAAAAAUAUUCAGACAUUUCCGCUAAAGGGUACAUGGUUUGAGGGAAAAACACAACUUGUGGGAGUGUUCACAAAAAAACCUGUUCUUUUCUCUCUCUCUCUCUGUCUCUGCAAUAAACUGGAAGCAGCAGCAGACACAGAGAUAGAGACAGAGAGAGAUGUUGGGGAAAACGGUAUGUCUAAGUUAAGAUUUGGUUAAUCUCUCUCUUUUGUCUACCUUGUUUUGUGUAAACAACAGAAGAAGCUGAUUCGGGGAUAUUGUGAAACAAUUUCCAAAGAUUUUUUCAGGGUAGCCAUGGGAACUCUUGCUAUCGAUUUCGAUACCAAGGGUGUGGAUUCGGAUAUAUACCGCUCUUUGGGAUUCAAAGAAUUGGGUAAAGGAGUUGUUGGAACUCCACGGAUUCUAUCACUUCUUUCUUCGCUUCUUGAGAAAUCUGUCCAAAAGAAUGAGACCGAAUCCGAGACAAUGAACUUUAAAGAUAAUGUUGCAAUCUUUCAUGGCUUAAGAGCUCCCACCAUAAGCAUUAAAAAUUAUAUCGAUCGCAUCUUCAAGUAUGCUGGCUGCAGUCCUUCGUGCUUUCUUGUUGCGUACAUUUAUGUGGAUAGAUUUAUUCAACAAACUGCUGUGCAUUUGACUUCUCUUAAUGUUCAUCGACUCCUUAUAACGAGUGUAUUGGUAGCCACAAAAUUCAUUGAUGAUGCGUUUUUCAACAAUGCAUACUACGCCAGAGUGGGCGGGGUAACCACAGGUGAGCUGAACAGGUUGGAGAUGAGUUUUUUGUUCAGUCUCGAUUUCAGACUUCAGGUAACCGUUGAUACAUUUCAAAGAUAUUGUUCCCAACUGCAAAAGGAAUCUUCGGACGUUCAUCAGAUCGAACGGCCAAUCCGACCAUGUGGAAUUAGAGAUAGUUGGACGAGCAAAAGUGAUACACAAUGUGCUCCGACAAUCUCAAGAUGAAAGAUUAGCAAAAUCCCAGGCGUUGCAUUAUAUAUACCGAAGCCGAAAAUGUAGCGUUUUAGCGACGAUUCUUGAAGAAACAGCAAGCUUGCUCCUUUUACAUAAUUUGUAAGCCAUUAGUUAGCAUGAUUGUUUUAUU